UGGAGCUCGCUUCUGAGAUCUUGAAAUUGAGUCAAGUGGCAAGGAUGAAGACCGUUGUGCUGUCUGUCUGUCUGCUGGUGCUUGUGGUGCCAGGCUUUGAGUCCAGACCAUUUUUCUUUAGUAAAGUCAAUGACUUCUUUGGCAGUGUUACCGAUGAAAUUGUCGAUUAUAGAAAGGGAUUGGUGAACAGCGUGAAAAAAGUGUGGAAGCCCAUUAGUGACAAAGCUGAAGACAUUGGUGAGACAGUGGUCAGUUAUGGUGGAAAAGUUGGGGGCGGUAUCAAAGACACACUCUCUCCAGUUGGCGAGGCGGUUGGUGACCUCGGUGAAGCGGCGAUCAAUUACGGCGGUAAAGUAGUUGGGGGUAUCAAGGAUGAAGUUGUAGUCCCUGCUACUGGAGUGGUUGGAAGCAUCGGUGGGAAAGUUGUGGGUUAUGGAGGAAAAGUUGGGGCCGGUAUUAAAGACACACUAGCCCCAGUUGGUGAGGCGGCUGGUGACCUCGGUGGGGUUGUGGCCAGAUAUGGCAGUGCAGUGGGAGGAGGUAUCAAAGACAUCAGCGGUUCCGUCGCAGGAAGCGUUGUCUCGACUCUGACGGGUCCCUUUGAGAGGAGCUCCAGCAGCGAAGGUGACAAACAAGCCGAUACCAGUGACAACAGUGUCGUCAGUGUCAGUGACAACAGCGCUGCCACUGCUAGUGACAACAGUGCUGCUGACGUCAGUGAUAACAGCGCUGCCAGUGCCAGUGUCAGUGCCAGUGCCAGUGACAACAGUGCUGCUGACGUCAGUGAUAACAGCGCUGCCAGUGCCAGUGUCAGUGCCAGUGCCAGUGUCAGUGCCAGUGCCAGUGAGAAAAGUGCUGCCGGAUCCAGUGAUGACAGUGCCGUCAGUGUCAGUGACAGCAGCGCUGCCAGUGCCAGUGUCAGUGACAACAGUGCUGCCGAUGCAAGUGACAACAGCGCUGCCAGUGCCAGUGUCAGUGCCAGUGCCAGUGCCAGUGACAACAGCGCUCCCAGUGCCAGUGACAACAGCAGUGCCAGUGACAACAGCGCUGUCAGUGCCAGUGACAACAGCAGUGUCAGUGCCAACAGUGCUGACAACGUUGCAGCUAGCCGUUAAAGAUAAAGAAAAUACAAUAUUCUCACGGCCUUUUGGUCUC